CCACUUCUUUUUUCUCUUUUGUUUUCUUUCUGCCUAUUUUUGCAGUCAACUCUUUAAUUCAAUCAAGUAUAAAGACACAUAAAGACACAAGAAUUUUCUGUACUUGAUCUGACAGAUAGCAGCUGAAACUGAAAAAGCCUUUUGCUCUAAGUAAGAUUGGAAAGAUCUAAACCCAAGAUGGAUUUUUCAUCUGCUAAAUGGUGGGCUGAAAUGGAGACGAUGAGUACGGAUGAUCAUGCAUACAUCAAUCAUUGUCAAAUGAUGACCCAAUUAGACGAAUUGCCUUUCAAUAAGCCCUUCUCCUACGAUAUUCAACCUUGUCAUGCUGCUGCUGGAAUAUUGGACGUGAAGCCACCCUUUUGCGGCGGCUAUGCAACUGAAACUCACCAAAUGACCGCUUUUUCUCCUCCUCCUCUUAAUUCCUCCAGCGUCCUUUCUUCCUGCAAAUUCAACUCGCCAUCGGCCAAUACUGAGUUGCCAUCUGGAACUACCCUAAACUUCUCGUCUUCAUCAGUACUUUCUAUGGAUUCUGAUGAUUUUGGUGAUAGCCAAAAUCUAAUGCAGGCCUUGGGAUUUGGUACUGCUGAUAUUACUGUUCAGAAGAAGAGUUACAAUAGGACUAGUUUGCAGGCACAAGACCACGUUGUGGCUGAAAGAAAGCGAAGGGAACGCCUCACUCAGCGCUUCAUAGCUUUAUCUACUCUCAUCCCUAACCUCAAGAAGUUAGACAAAGCAACAGUACUUGGAGAUGCCAUCAAACAUAUUAAACAGCUUGAAGAACAAGUAAAAACCCUCGAGGAGAAAGCCAAGAAACGUAACAGUAAGGAAGCAGUGGUUGCAGUGAAGAGACCUCGCCUGGCCUCCAGUACUUCUGACCGCUACUCCUCAUCUUCUGAAGACAACGUCUCCAGCGUUAGCACAGAUCGAUCACAACCAGAUAUUAAAGUUAGAGCUUCAGAUGGGAAUAAUAUUCUGAUUAGCAUUAGUUGCAAAAAGCAAACCGGGAUAAUAAAGGAAAUAUUCAGCCAAGUAGAGAAGCUCAAACUCUCUAUCAUUAGCAGCAGUGUCAUGCCUUUUGCCCACACCACCACCCACAUAACAAUUAUUGCUCAGAUGGAUCAUAAAUUGGGCAUGACAGCAAAAAAUGAUGCGAAUAGAAUACAUGCGGCUAUAAUGAAGCUCAUCGGCGGCCAGGAAGAAGAAGCUCCAUUUACAUCAUAGAAAAUUUCAAGAUAUCUAGAAGUUGCAUAUGUUCCGAUCAAUAAGUUAUUAAGUGAUAAUUUAAAGAAGAUAAGGGUAGAGGCUAUUUUUUGGAUCAAGAUCACCUGGAACUGGGGUCAUAAUGACUUGGUUUAGGGUUAAUGGUUUCCAUAAUUGUGGAGUGAUGUGCUUUGGCUUUUUUUGUGUGCUACAAGUUUGGAUCCCGUUUUACAAUUUCCUCACGUGGUACAAAUGGUACCGGCUCCUCUUGUUUGACUAGCCAUGCUAUUCCAUUUCCACUAACUAAUGUUUGUCUCUCAUGUAAACUUUACUGUAUUUAUUUUCUUGUUUUUUAGUCUGAUUUAAAAAGAAUGUAACCAUUAUGUAUUUAAGUAAAUUUUUUAUUUUUA